AAUAAUAUCCAGGCAGCCCGUGCUUGCUAUGACGUCACUCUGUGACCCCACGUUGGCGAUCUAUUAGGACAACGUAGCAGAGAAGAGUUCGAUCUACCGACACCAGGGCUCGCCAGCGCUAGCCGGCAUAUUAAACAUUGCCUUUGUUCCCGUGACUAGCUCGGGCCUCCAACAAACCACGCACCGUUCUCGGGAACUACGCCAGAAAGAAGGGGGAUGGUUGUUCGAUGCCUUCUGCCAAAUAUUGGUAUUUGAGUGUUCCAUGUCUUGUAGCAACACGAGAACAUUGCUUCGGUGUGAGAGAAGCGACGCGAGUUGGGGACUGGGUGUAUUGGCAAAUUGAGAAUCAUUAGCGAGCGAGCGAGUUGCUGCAUCUCGCCAAGCAGCACACAGUUGUGGAACAGAGGCCUCUUUUUAUGCAGAGACGGAGUCCUACCGGAUAGCCUCAGCUAGGAUAUAUAUUGUAGCUAUUUUUCUUUAACAAGUCGAGGCUGUAGAAGGGCCGCUCUAGCUUUACAAGACGGCAGCGUCGGUGACAGCGGUGUGUGUUGGUCGGCAGUAUUGGCGCGACAAGUAUACAGCAACGAGCCGCGUACAGUGAGUUGGACCUAGCAUCGCCACCAAGAUGGGUUGUACCAUGAGCGCAGAAGAACGACAGGCGUUGGAGCGAAGUAAGGCCAUUGAGAAAAAUCUCAAAGAGGAUGGUAUCCAAGCUGCCAAGGAUAUAAAACUGUUGCUUUUAGGUGCGGGAGAAUCGGGCAAAAGCACAAUUGUCAAACAAAUGAAAAUUAUUCAUGAGGGAGGUUUUACGAGCGAAGACAACAAACAGUACAAGCCAGUUGUCUACAGCAAUACAAUACAGUCCCUAGUCGCCAUCAUCAGAGCUAUGGGCACGCUCAACAUAGCUUUUGGGGAUAACGAAAGGGAGUCUGAUGCCAAAAUGGUGUUGGAUGUUAUCGCCCGCAUGGAGGAUACAGAACCAUUCUCUGAGGAUUUACUGGCUGCCAUGAAGCGCCUGUGGACAGAUACUGGAGUGCAGGAGUGCUUUGCUAGAUCUAAUGAAUAUCAGCUGAACGAUUCAGCCAAAUACUUUUUAGAUGACUUAGAUCGUUUAGGGGCAAAGGAUUACAUGCCAACUGAGCAGGAUAUCCUGAGGACAAGAGUGAAGACAACUGGUAUUGUAGAAGUGCACUUCUCCUUUAAGAAUUUAAAUUUCAAGUUAUUUGACGUUGGAGGGCAGAGAUCAGAAAGAAAGAAAUGGAUUCACUGUUUUGAAGAUGUCACUGCCAUUAUAUUUUGUGUAGCCAUGAGCGAAUACGAUCAAGUGUUACAUGAAGAUGAAACAACUAACCGCAUGCAAGAGAGCUUGAAGUUGUUCGAUUCCAUCUGCAACAAUAAAUGGUUCACUGAUACAUCCAUCAUUCUCUUCCUCAACAAGAAAGAUUUGUUUGAAGAGAAAAUCAGAAAAUCUCCGCUAACGAUAUGUUUCCAAGAGUAUACAGGCAAGCAAACAUAUGAAGAGGCAGCUGCCUACAUCCAGGCUCAGUUUGAGGCUAAGAACAAGAGCUCCACCAAGGAAAUCUACUGCCACCAAACCUGUGCCACGGAUACCAACAAUAUUCAGUUUGUGUUUGAUGCCGUCACGGAUGUAAUCAUCGCAAACAAUCUGCGUGGCUGUGGAUUGUACUAAUAUGGCGGAACAUGGCGGACGAGAAGAGGCUUAAGGUGGCUGGACCGUUCACCGACCGCCAGACGGACGGAUGGAUGGGCGGGCGGGCGAGCGGGGCGUGCAUGUGUCUGUGUCAAUUGUGUCGCUGUCUGUUUCUGACUCCUCUUCACGGGACCUGCAUUUUAUGGAUCUCGGGACUACAACAAACCAAGUCCUGUUUAUGAAAUAUUGUGUGCAAUUUCAGUGUUGAGCUGCAGCAGACGUGUGUCUCACGUCUGUCAGCUGUGAAGAGCUCACUGCUCAUGUGCAGACAUACACGUUGCUAUGGUGACGUAGUGGUGUGAACACUAGCCAAAAGGACUAAGAUUUUAAAGUAUGGGCUAUGUGAUCAGCAGAGGCCACACUGUAAUAUUAAAAAGAGCUCAACAAAGAAGAUGAUUUCUCUUGCUUGGUCUUCACUGGACGUUAUCCUCUACCACAACCGUAGGAGGAAGUUUGCCGGCCCUCGACGGCCAUUGUGUCUCUGUUGUGAAUCAACAGAAGUAGUGGCCAGCUUGUGUCUUACAAAGGAGCUAAGAGAAGACAACUCUGGUUACACUUUCACAUGUAUGUAUGUAUGUGUGUGCGUAUUGCAACAGAACCGAGGUCUUGUUUAGCUACGCUUCACGCUUAUUCGCUGGCCCACUUGCAUAGGUUUCCUCAGUUGCUGAAACUGAGUGGACCAACAAGCACACUAGAAGCUGGCAAGCCUGUAUCAACAUUAGUAUAUAGAGAGCAUUACUGACAAUACUGUUUCCCAGUGGCUUCAACAUAUGCCUAGAUUUUGCUUGAUGCUACUGAAUGGAUAGGAGAACAGUGCCACUCAGUCAGUUUUCUCAUUGAAGCAGGGGCCUGUUGGGACAUGCACUGUACUUUAUGUCCCAAGCCGAUCAGUGUUGCCGUGUAACGUGUAAGCCCCUCCCAUCAAGGGAUUCACAGCCUCGGCCUCGUCUUGUGUUGAAUGCAAGUUGAGUUGGUUCUUCUGUCUUGUUGCUGAGUAUGUGAGUAGUCUCUGAUGCUUGUCCCGGUACGACGGAACUGGACUCAGUUCGUUUGUCCUGCCGAGUCUUUUUAUGGCCAUUGUGGUAAUGGCCCAACUGGGCAGUGCCCGGCUAUAUGUACGACGCGCUUGCGCACAUGUACGACAAAUCCUCUCCCACUGUGUGGAUGGGUGUUUGCUCACCCAGAUAUAUUUAUUUGAUUGGUUAGUCUUUACAAGAGGCAGGUGUAUGCAAAUUCAAAUCUGACUGGGAUUUUGUUUCAGUGGCGGAGAAAAGUAAUUACUCUUAAGAAUAGACAUGGAAAUUAUUUGUAAAAUUAGUCCAGUAAAUUACAAGCCUCAGGCCUUUUCCAUUAAUGGCAGCUUAUAUUUGUGUAGGAAUCUAUGUCAAUCAGAAAUUGAUUUUUUUUAAAAUACAUAAUUGCUCAAGAGUUUCAGAAUUGAAAUUUGAACAAAAUUCACUUUCUCCUGUGAUUUCCUACCAGUUGUUUUAGAUCUCAUUACAGCAGCAUGCAAAUGUCUCGCGAACAAAAUGACUAUUUUACAAUCUUACAUAAUUGCUCAUCUUGUUUUUAUUUUUUUUUAAUAUCCGGGCAAAGUGCAAAUAUUUCUCUUUGACUAGUCAGAGCAUAAUGAAUGACGAGUCAGGAAUGCUAUAUAUUUAUUUAUCUGGCAUACACACUUCAUCUUACUUUGAAAAGUAAAUAUAUUCAAGGCCUAAUUAUUCUGAAUGCUGAAUAAGGAUAAGGCAUUGAGAACAGAAUCUCUUAGUAAACUUUAUUGAAAUAAAAGACUGAAAAUAUCUAUUUUCUAAAAUUCUCAUAUUGAAUAAAUGGAAAUUAGGUCUUUAAGCAUAACACAAAUUUUGUCUGUGUCAAAACACAAAGAUUUAUUGCAAAAUAUUCUUGAUAUUUUUCAGAUUCUAUUUUCAUGCACCAAGAGAAUCCCUUGAAUGCCAAAAUUACUGAGCAUCAUUUUGCAUGGGGGUGAGAAAAAAGGGGUUUGGUGGCUGAUUUCUCAAUAAUAUCUUGUAGAUUGGGGAGAAUUUCAGGGUUUUAGCAAACCUGAAAUAGAAACUAUAGACUGUCAUUUUAAGUUGAAGUCUUGUGUGUGUGUGAAUGAUUUCCAGACAUCUCAUAAUGUGUGAUGUUUAUAUGAAUAUCCUGUAAUAGCCCAGAUCAUCAUGCCUCACUCACUUGGUAUCUUGUUCAUCUGCAGUGCAAGUCUAUGAGGAAUGAAGUUCUGGGCUAAUAUUGUGUACACCCUUGCUUUGUUUUCACUGUCGUCAGUUCAGGGAACUUUCUGUGAUUUUUGCACAAGGCUGACGUCUGCUUGUGCUAGCAGACGCCACGAUUAUUCCAAUCCACUGAAAGGCAUACGGAGAGGAGAUGUUGGCAUAUGACCUUAGCGGCUGAACUCGUUGUCAGCUGUGUCGAGUAUAUCGGUUUGUGUAUUAUACGUAGAUAGUGACACGUUCUUACUGAUUAUGCCCUUCCAUGUUAAGAGACCAUCAUUUUGAGCUCAAAAACAAAUAUUUUCCCCUAAAGUGGUGUUUUUGUAGGGGAUCUAGCUUUAUAGUCGUGAAAUUGGCUUUUGUCAGUGCUUUUAGCUGGAACAUUUAAUGAGCUCCUGUUGAUUAUAUUGAUAAUCUUGUACAGAAUAAACCAUGAGCUUGCUUUAUUCUGUCACAAGAUCCAUGUGUUCACCUUGUGUAUGGCCUCUUCUUGGGUUUUUAAGGGGUCAACUGUCUAUCUGUUGGCUAUGGCCUAUUUCAAAUUUUCAUUUUAGAUAUUGUUGAACUGAUGAUGAAAAUUGUGUAGAGUGUUUGGGAAUCAGUUCGUUUGUUUCAUUGCGCAGACAAUGAGCAAUGAAUUCUGUAGAACGUCACAAUUUUCGAAAUAGGCUAUUGACAACGUUACGCAGUUUAACUCAAGGCUUGACUAUACGCAAGUGUGUUAUAUUACAAAAUAAUUUCUUCGCUGUCUUGUGCCAGAGAUGUUGUCUGGCUUGGACAAAUUGAUAUAUGGAAAUUAUUUUGUUCAGGAAAUUGUAAGUUACUUAUUAUAUGAGUGUAUUACAGUGAUGAUGAAAUAUGUAUAAACCAUGACGACGCAUCAUGCACGUCUGUUUAAAUCGUACUGUAUGCCUAUGACGCAAGUUGUAAAGGUGAUUUUUUGCACAUUAAUGUACAUUACUGUAUUCGUAAUAACUGUGUUCUGUACUAGUUGAAUGAGCAUUGCAUGUAUCUGCAUCAGUAAACAUUGUGAUCACAAUUCAACUUGUUCCAUGUUGUGUGACAUGUAAUUCAUCUUUCCACAUGUAGCCAGGCGAAGAACACUGGCGGACAUGUGCAUUAAUUCAUUGAAUGUGAAAAUUAACCCAUGUGUUUAAAGGGAAGUGCUAAGCAGGUAAAAAUGGCACCUGACAUAAAAAAGCGUUGGUUUUCCUGUUGAGACGAGGCCUAUUUUUCUGACACAUUUCAUUGGAAUAUUUUGAAGUAAAAUUAGUUGUGGGGGGAACAGCGUGUUCUCCCUUGCUGUAGGAUAUAACGUUAUCAUUACAACUGUCUACAGAUUGUUUUGAUAAUUGUUCCAUCCUGUUGACCUGCUAAGUAGCGUGUUUUAAAGACUCAGUUACGAUCGAUCGUGCUACGUACCACUGGCUGGUACCCCCUUAUCAUGUAAUAAUAUGGGGCAGUCUGCCUCGUCAUUUUAUUAUAAAUGUGUCAUUUUCACUAUCUUCCUGGCCUGCUUGCUUAUUUCCUCGCUAGGUCUGUUCACAUGUCGGUGGACAGAAUUGGGAGGGAGGGUCCUAAUCUUAGCUAUGGGAAUUGUGGGAUGGGAGGGAAGGUUUGGGGGGGAAUCUUAGUGAAAUUGUGCUGAGAAUUUGUAUUCAUAUGCUGUUAACCCUUGGUGUGCUACUGAUCUGACUUUCCUGGAGCUUUGAAAGAGAUGUUACUGUGCUUAGCACGUAAAGGGUUAAUGACCAUGCAUCUAGCCUAGUACAUGUAAUUGGGAUGAGCAAGCCUCUGUCAAGAGGACAGAACUCAUACAUCCCUACUCUUUCAGUUUAUUUAUUUAUUAUUUAUUUAUUUCAGUGUUAUGAAGACGAUCAUUUGCAUGAGUGUAUAACUUUGAACUAAGAAGAUGGUUGUUAUGGUCCAUAUAUUAUAUGUGUAAAGCCAACGAUUUUAAUGUUCAAUUGUACUGAUUUCUGACUUUGCCAUCAAUCAGCAAGGCUACGGUAAGGCUCAGACUGGAACUGGUGCAGAUUCAGCUAGUCUGAGACUGUCCAUUGUAACAUCUAAUCUUCCUGCAUUGAAAACAUUUCAAAAUUGUUUACAAGGGGUCAAUUUUAGGUCUAUUUAUUCAUGUUUCUGUAGGUUGAUUUUGGCACUUUCGUUCUGGCUGCCUGCAUAGUUCCAGUUAGAAAACCUUACUAAGGUCAAUAACCUUGACCUCUUAAACAGGGUCAGGAUGUCCCUUUUUGUACAUCAUAGGAACUGCUGUCAAGUGUUAACUGCAAUUUAAAAUUUCAAUAUUUGAAUUCCACGGUGAGAGGUUAAGAUCACAUAGUAUAUGUCCUUUUAAUCAGUGGCUGUCAAUGGCCUACCACUGAGUAUUCGGCAGAUGUAUAGUAACCGUAGAGAACUUGCAACAAACGAUGUCAAUGUGUUAUUGUCUAUCUUCAAUCAACCUGAAAUAAAAACUUAGAAUUUUA